AUGCAAAAUCUGUCUUCAGUCCCCAGUGAUUCGUUCCUCAAAACAUCUUUUCUUGAGUCUCCCCAAAGUAAGCAACAUUUCACUUUGACGCCUCAUCUAUCCAUUAUUUGCCUUCAGCUCGAGAAGCCACUCGCCAAGUUCAUUGAGCAUCGCACAACCGACUCUACCAGCUUAUGGUCUGCCAACGCCCGCACGAUUUCACUCGGCUGGCUUCGUGAUGGGCUGAAAUCCAGAUGCAUCACUCGCGACCUCAAGUGGGGUGUACCAGUUCCUUUGGAUGCGUACAAAGACAAGGUUUUCUACGUUUGGUUCGACGCUCCCGUUGGUUACAUGUCUAUCACAGCAAACUACACUAAACGAUGGCGUUGUUGGUGGCAGCCAUCCGGUACGGACGAAAACGAUGAUGACCCCAACGUUGAACUUUUUCAGUUUAUGGCCAAAGACAACGUACCUUUCCACUCGAUCAUCUUUCCUGCUUGUCUUUUGGGUGCCAACCGCGGAUACACAGUUGUGAGGCAGUUAUUAGCCACAGAAUACAUGAACUACGAGGGAACCAAAUUUUCCAAGAGUCGUGGCAUCGGUGUCUUUGGCAACGACGCCAUGAAGUCUGGCAUUGACUCCAAUAUUUGGCGUUUCUAUCUUCUGUACCGGCGACCCGAAACGCAGGACAGCUCGUUCAUGUGGGACGAUUUUAUGCUGGUGAACAACAGCGAAUUGUUGAACAAUGUGGGGAAUUUUGUCCAUCGAGCGCUUUCUUUCGUGUCACGGUUCUUCCACGAUGAAGUUCCCAUCGGGACAAAUUUGGAGCAUAGCGAUUCGAAAUUUGUCGCACAAGUCAAUCAGCUGAUCCGGUCUUAUGCGAAUCAUUUUGAGUCUGGACGUUUACGUGAGGCGCUACGUCAGAUAUUGUCCAUAGCUCGUCUGGGCAAUUGCUACGUUCAAGCUAACCAACCCUGGGUGGCAGUGAAGAGCGAAGAAACGAAACCAAAGGCUAGCGUUGUUAUCACGGUCGCUGCAAAUGUGGCCUGUUUGAUUGGCUUAUUACUCUACCCGUUCAUGCCGACAAUCGCUCGCCACAUCUGGUGUACUCAAUGCAACUUGCCCCUUGAUUCGCUCAGUCUAGUGCCGCUCAGCCGUCAGGACUAUCGUAUGCCACAAUUUCUACCUCCCGGUCAUCGGAUUGCGAAGCCCACUCCUCUCUUUCGCAAAAUCGAUACCGAAGAGGUCAGCCAAUUAUCCCAGAGGUUUAACGGCACCCAAGACUGCAACUGCAACGAAGCGGCAUAACGUUUAUCUUCUACCUCGAUCUAUACCCGUUCCUUGUAUCUUCUGUGUAAUGUAUUGUGUAUAAUUGGAUAA